ACUUGUACCGAAUUGCGUCUGGAAAUGGUACAGUAUUUGGGACGGGUCCUCUCCGUCGGCGUUGAAAGAGUAUGCUUUCAAUUCAAUAAUAAAUGGGGUUUCAUCGUGGCCGAUUGGGUAAUUUCCCCCUUUGACGUGCCGUGCUACUCUUCUGCAAUUCCUUGCUUCUUCUCCACCUUCAUCACCUGCCCAAGUCUCCAAUUCAUUCUUCUGAUUCAUGUAUUGUUUUUUUCUCUGAGGAGAAAUUGAGAUUGAGAGCUCUGGUGGGAUCUUUGGGAAAAGUUUUCUGCAAUUAGAACCCGUUAAUCUUCCUCAAAACAAUAAUGCCAGCGACCCCAUCAUCCAAUUUGUUCCAUCAGUCUUCUGUUUUUGAUUGCCAUAAACGGACCCAUGUUCAUAAUUGCACCCGAUUGGUCUCUCCGGCAGCUGUUUCUUCUUCCACUUGUUCGUUGAGUGUUUUUUCGAGUUCCCAUUUGUCGGGACGGCGAAUCAACGGGUUCCCAUCUUCCAAUCUUGUUUCCUCCUUUUCCCCUUCUUUUGUCACUUCCAUUCGUCCGCGAAAUGGGUUUAUCGGCGGCAGACUCCGGCGGAAGAGGCGGCCGAGAAUUGCGGUUGUUUCCGCCAUUUUUGAGCGGUUCACCGAACGAGCGAUUAAGGCUGUGAUAUUUUCGCAGAGAGAAGCGAAGGCCCUUUCGAAGGAUUUGGUUUUUACCCAACAUCUUCUUCUGGGUUUGAUCGCUGAGGAAGAGCAUAAUCAAUCGCCUGGCGGUUUUCUGGACUCGGGCGUCACACUCCAUGUGGCACGUGAGGCCGUUCGAAGCAUUUGGCAUAACGAAGAUGCAAAAGCUGAUACCAGUGACCAAAGUGCGACUGUUACGCCUCAUGUCCCUUUUGCUAUCAGCACCAAGCGGGUCUUUGAUUCUGCUGUGGAGUAUUCCAAGCAGAUGGGUCAUCAUUUCAUUGGACCCGAACACCUCUCCAUUGCUCUACUUGCUGCUGACGACGAUGGUAGCAUACAGUUGAUUUUGAAGAGCUUAGGGGUAAAUGUUACUCAGUUGGUAGAUGCAGCAAUAUCCAGGCUUAAAGGGGAACUCGACAAAGAUGGUAGAGAGCCAUCUAGUUCAUUGCAAUGGAUACCUAAAAGAUCCACUUCUAGAAAAGCCCUUCGUAUGAAACCCUCUCAGAAAGAAAAAGAGAAUAGUGCUUUGGAUCGAUUCUGCGUGGAUCUUACUGCUCGUGCGAGUGAAGGACUCAUCGACCCUAUUUUUGGUCGAGAUUCUGAAGUCGAACGAGUUGUGGAGAUACUUUGUCGCAGAACAAAAAAUAACCCCAUUCUUAUUGGUGAGAGUGGAGUAGGAAAGACAGCAAUUGCUGAAGGGUUGGCUCUCAGUAUUGCUCAGGCAGAUGCUCCAUUCGUACUGUUGAACAAACGUGUAAUGUCCUUGGAUAUUGGACUGCUGAUGGCUGGUGCUAAGGAAAGGGGAGAAUUGGAGGCACGUGUUACUUCACUAAUUGAUGAGAUAACAAAAUCAGGCAAUAUUAUCCUUUUUAUUGAUGAAGUCCAUUCACUUGCUGAGUUUGGCGCAAUUGGAGGUGGAAGUAAAGGGUCUGGUCUUAACUUUGCUAAUUUAUUGAAACCAUCACUUGGUAGAGGAAAACUGCAGUGUAUUGCUUCGACCACAAUUGGUGAAUACACAAAGCAAUUUGAGAAGGAUAAAGCAUUAGCACGACGAUUCCAACCUGUGCUGAUUGAGGAGCCUAGCCAGGAGAAUGCAGUGAGGAUGUUGCUGAGUAUUCGCGAGAAAUAUGAGGCUCACCACAACUGCAGGUUUACACUUGAAGCAAUAAAUGCUGCUGUGUAUCUGUCUGCAAGAUACAUAAGCGAUAGGUAUCUCCCAGAUAAGGCAAUUGAUCUCAUUGAUGAAGCAGGUAGUAGAGCUCGUAUGGAAACCUUUAAGAAGAGAAAAGAAUUGCAGGCUUCUAUACUCUCUAAAUCACCAGAUGAUUAUUGGCAAGAAAUUAAGGCUGUUCGGGCUAUGCAUGAAAUGAUUCUGGACAAUAAACUCAAAGAUGGUGGGGUACAUAGCUCAGAUUCCUCUGGGGAAAACGUCUUGGAAUCCACUUUCUCUUCAAUAUCAGAUGAUUACGAACCCGUGGUGGUGGGAGCAGACGAUGUUGCAGCAGUUGCUUCUCUUUGGUCAGGCAUCCCAGUUCAGCAGCUAACAGUUGAUGAGAGCAUCCUUCUGAUGGGUCUUGACGAACAGCUAAGAAAGAGAGUUGUUGGGCAAGAUGAGGCUGUUUCUGCAAUUUCUCGAGCUGUUAAGCGGUCUCGUGUUGGGCUUAAGGAUCCUGACCGACCAAUAGCGGUCCUACUUUUCUGUGGCCCUACUGGAGUUGGCAAGACUGAACUAACAAAAGUUCUGGCAAGGUGCUACUUUGGAUCGGAAGCAGCUAUGCUGAGAUUGGACAUGAGUGAAUAUAUGGAGCGACAUUCGGUGAGCAAAUUAAUCGGAUCACCUCCUGGAUAUCUCGGCUAUGGAGAUGGAGGAACAUUAACAGAAGCAAUUAGAAGGAAACCAUUUACAGUGGUAUUACUUGAUGAGAUAGAGAAAGCUCAUCCGGAUAUUUUCAACAUCGUCCUCCAGUUGUUUGAAGAUGGACACCUCACAGAUUCUCAGGGACGGAGAGUGUCGUUUAAGAACGCAUUGAUAGUGAUGACAUCAAACAUCGGUUCAACUUCCAUCAUAAAGGGUAGACACCGCUCCGUUGGUUUCUUUACUUCAGAAGAUGAGUCGUCGACUUCUUAUGCAGGAAUGAAAGCCCUUGUGACAGAGGAACUCAAGUCAUACUUUCGUCCUGAGUUGCUAAACAGGAUAGAUGAGAUAGUCGUGUUCCAACCCCUUCAAAAGGCUCAGAUGCUUGAAAUCCUAAAUCUGAUGCUUCAAGAGAUAAAGGAGAGGCUCAUAUCGCUUGGGAUCGGUUUGGAGUUAUCGGAAUCUGUGAAGGAUCUCAUAUGUCAAGUAGGUUAUGACCAAGCUUAUGGUGCCAGGCCUCUUAGGAGGGCAGUUACCAUGAUGGUUGAAGACCCCUUGAGUGAGGCAUUCCUCUUUGGAGAUCCAAAGCCUGGUAAUACUCUUGUAAUAGAUCUGGAUUCUACAGGGAAUCCCAUUGUCAAAAACCAAUCCAAUACUGCAUUUCCAAUUGUAUAGAAAAAGAAAACAUUGUAACUAAGUUUACUAAUGAUUUACCAGUCGAAUUGUAUAUUUGUGUAUAUGUAAUGUAACUCGGUCGAUAUUUCGACGAAUAUUCUUUGAAGAUGUUAUACACCUAACGAAAGAUAAAUGUAUUUUGGCUCGAUAUAGCAUGUAAAAGCAAUUUCCUUCGCAA